ACCACACAGAAACACACACACACAUGCAAACACACACGUAUAAACCCUUAUGUCUCUCUUCUCUAGUUACUUGUUAAUACCACUGAUGUUCUUCACCUGGGCGUCCAGUCCAAUGGUGAAGUGACUAAGUUACUGAGGACAAUUGAAAUGUCUAUCAGACUGAUCGCUCCACUGCUGACAGAGAACGUGACCAGGAUAGAGACCAACCACACAAAGGCUGAGAUUAUGGUGAGGAGAGACAAGACUCCACCUGAAGGACCAGUCAGCCUGACCAAUGAGAACACUCAACUUGACACCACCUGGGAGACGGCGGUUGGAGAUUACCAGAAUUACCCAGGGUUUGCCUUUGUUGUUCUGCUCAGCUAUAAGAAUCUGGAUACUCUGAAGGACAGUUUUUCUCAUCAGAGCCAGCAGCUCAUGUCCAGUGCUGUGACGGUGUCCGUUAGCAACUCCAACACAACAAACCUGCCCCAUCCGGUUAAUCUCACCUUCAAUCACCUGCAGUCCAGUGAUGUUGACCCCACCUGUGUUUAUUGGUCGGAUGAGAAUGGACCGGGGGAGUGGUCUGGGCGGGGUUGCACUUCAGUGAUGUCAAACUCCACCCACACUGUGUGCUCCUGCAACCAUCUCAGCACAUUUGCUCUGCUGAAGGGAAUCCAUCAGAAAAAGGAAAGCGGCCAGCUGUCGGUGGUGAUGUGGGUGGGCAUUUCUGUGGCACUGGCCUUUGUGGUCCUAUCCCUGAUCAUGUCCCUGUGGUGUCGCAAUUUCAGUCGCAAACGCCGUGGAGGACACCGACUGCAACAGGAUAUACAACUCUAUAGCAAAUAAGACAUGGAUUUGAACUAUUGGUGUUAUAAGAAAAGCUUUUACUUGGAAUCCAUUUGUAAAAUUGUCUCUUGGCUUGCAAGGACAAAUGCCAGCAUUUUUAUUUAAUUAAGUAGUAUAAAAUGUAUCAAACAAAAAAUAUAUAAGAACACAUAACUUUAUGUUAAUAGAUAUACAAUAUCUCAUGUAUAUAACGCUUAAAAGUUCCAGACUGUAACAGCAGAGCUCUCAUCUCUAUGGCAAAAUACAUAAGUCAUUUUAGUCUCAUAAGCAUGGUCUGUAAUUUGUAGCAUGAAUUUUUCUAGAAUAGUGGUAUAUCCACUCAAAGCUGUAUUUGUCCAGUAUCAUGCCACUUUGUUGUUGUUGUA